AUGGCUGGUGCAGUAGAAGGACCAUUUGUUCCGACCAACUCGCUACUUGCCCCUACUCCCACGUCUGGUGUGGCUUCCUCUUCUCGAACCGGUCGAUCGCCUCUUUCCGCAAAACCUGCGCCUCCAGCCACGUCUAAUGCGGUUGCGGAUUUAAGGCUUGAGCUCGGUGUAUCUCGAAUAACGUGUGAAAUGGGGUCGAGGUUGCUCGUGUCGUAUGUUGAGCUGUUGUUGUACCUCAAGGGCCAAGUUCCUUUUCCUCCGUCUCAGCUCCGUAGGAUGGUGGCUGGUGGACGAAAAGGAAGCCCACACCAAAACAAGCUCCUCAAGUCCUUGAGCGCACUAUCAGAAGAUCUUCCUUCGACGCUGUCCGCUUGUGGUUCUUCAAGGACUGUAACCUUUGCGAUCGUAUUCGGACUAGGUCGAGAAAAGUGUCUUAUACAGUUAUCGGGAGCCGAAUUUGGGCAAGUAAAAGCCGACGAGGAUGACACGGAGCUCGCAAAGGAACCACUCGAGCAAGAGAACCAAAACGACACAACGGCCCCAUCAAAUGAAAAUCUCAAAUUCAAUACUGUACCCGCCAAACGACGAGUUCCUGGCCGCCCUCCGCUGCAAGAACUCACAUCCACCGACUCGCUCUCCUCCCAGCUGUCCUCCAUCUCGCUCCGACCCAGCGUGGACGAAACGAUGAUCCGACAGGCUGAGCGUGCGCUUUCCCAGGUUAUGGCGUGCUCAGAGGUCGAGUUCAAGAGCGACUUGCAUCCCGUGGGUGCACAGAUUUUCGUUCGAGCACCCAGGUCGUUCAAGCAUCCGUCGUGGGCGGUUCGUCCCGAGGCGGCGAGGAUGUUGGACGCUCCAUUAAAGGCGCUGAACGAGUCGGAUACGCCCCUUGUCGAGACGGUUCGUGUGCUUGCAAAGGAUGCAUCUGUUGUGGUUGACGAGGCGGAAGAGAUGAUUUGGUGGGGUUGGGACGGGAGGUUAGCGGGGUACGCAUAA